AAUGGAAAUCACAAUUGUUUAAAAGGAAUUUUCUGAGAAUAUUCUUAGUAUUUUCUUGAAAUCUAGGCUUCAGCAAAUUUUUUGGCUAAUUUUAGAUGGAAAGUUUUGCUGGAAACAAAUGGAAUACCUAAAUUUUCAGGAAAAUAUGGAAUUUCUGGACUUCCUGGAAUAUUUUUUUUCUGGAAAUUUUCCAAGACUAUAUACUUACCCUAUUCAAAUACAUGGCUAGCCAACUGCAUUUCAAUGAUCAUUAUAAGAGUUUGCUUGACCAAUUACCCCAUUCAUGAAAAAAGAUGUAUUGUUACGCCUUACAAACCACAAAAAUAAACCAUUAUCUGAGGAGCAGAAGAUUAAGAUUGAAGCAAAUGUGAUCCUCCUGGAGGGUUCUGCCACUUUAUCCCGGCUGGAUGGAUUUGAGAAACAGUUAGAAGAACGUGAGCUUCGUAUACAGCAAUGGGAGAAUAAUAUUAAGAAAACCAUUGAGGCUCAGGUUGCUGAGGAACACAAAUGUCUAAAAGAUGAAUAUGAUGCUCUUAUGGCUCGCAAAGAGAGUGAAUUUAAUAAUCGUAUGGUAGAUAUGAAGCAGAAAAUAUAUUCAUUUAAGCAUCAGCUAGAAGACCAGCAUAAAUCUCACUCUGCCAACUUGAAGAGGCAAUACAAAUCUCAGAUUACAACUUUAGAAAAAUCUAUAGUCAUAAAAGAUAAGGAGAUUGGCAAGUUGUCUGCUACUAUCUCCCAACUUAAAAAUGAUAAGAAGGAUAUAAAAAAGUCAGUUGAGCGCAAGUAUAAGUAUUUGGAGGAUGUUAUCUUCGCUUACUAUUUAUAUUGUGUGGUAAAUUCCUCAUAG